AUGCCGGCCGUCGAAGCGUCAACCGUCCCUUUAGCCGAAUCCGGCCUUGUCGUCAAAAUGGAAGACCGGAAGAGACCUGCCGCUUAUGGUCCUAAUGACUCUAGCCCUCCCCUGAAGAAACAGGCUACCUCCCUGAAUGGGGCAACUAAACCUCACCCUGACACUGAUAUGCCCUGGAAGGAUGACUUGGAACGCUUUCAAAAAGAUGCCAUUUGGCGUCAGAUGCAAGAAUAUAAACGUGAAAAGAGCAUGUUGGAAGUCAGAUUGAAGGAAAUAUCGAAAACAACAGAGUAUCAAAACGACCACCUCCGUAUAAUCGAUGCGUGGUUUAAACAGUUGAUCGAUGAAGUCCAACUCAUGCUCAAUGCCCCAAACGAAGAAAAUGAAAACCAAGAUAAUAAACCUUUCCCCAGCGCAUUACUUUUCGCAAAUCAUGAAAACUUUGAAAAACACCUCCAGUCUCGCUCUGACGAUAUUAAGGCGACUAUUUCGAAAUUGUUUUCGCGACCCGCAAAUGUCUCCGCUGAAGUUGUAGAAUUACAAGGCCAGCUCGCCAAAAAGUUGGCAGAAGAGAAAGUCGCAAUUGCGGAGUUGGAGAAAACUCUUAUGGAGAAGCAACAGCUUGAAGAACGACUAGAUGCCGCGUCUCUCAGGUAUAUGGUUGCUGAAAAGAAAAUUGAUCGGGCUAGAAGUCUAACUGUAGCGCGCUUGGAAAAACAAUAUAUUCUUGGAGCGCAAAGACCGGUUGGAGACAACUCAUCUACCAAAAAAGAAGAAACUUCUUCAUCUAAUGGUGUGGUCGACCCAUCUGAUAGAGUUGUAGAGUUAGAGGAAGCCCGUAAUAGAUCUGCUGCAGUUUCAGAAAAACAGAAGGAACAGUUGGAAAAGCUCGAAGCAGAGAACUCAAGACUGUUAAACCAGGUGACAGAAUUGAAUAUGAAGUUUUCGAAUCUAUGUGACGACGACUAUGCCCAUACCGACCUAUUUAAACAACUAAAGUCACAACACGAGGACGUCCUCAAGCGAAUAAACCAUCUAGAGGCAACCAAUGUUCAACUCCGUGAAGAAGCAGAAAAAUUGCAAGCAGAGAGAACUGCGUAUCGACUUCAAAUCGAGAACGAGUCCCAAGCCGCUGUCGGAGAAAAAGAAGCCCAGCUUGCCAAAAUGGAGUCCGAUCUUGCCCGUAUCCGAAAUGCCCGUGACGAACUUCUUGCAGACCAGCAGAUGAGAAAGGCGGCACAGGAACUGGAAAGAACGUCAAUUAUCCAGACCAAGGAACUAUUAGAGGCAAAGGAAUCCCGAAUCAGUGCAUUGGAAUCUGAGAUAGAGCGACUGCAACUUCAGAUCGACGGAGUCAAGGAUAUUAGUCCCAGUAUUGAGGGCUUACCAUUAGAAGAUUUACGGAUCAAGUAUCAAACACUGGACAAGCAAUACGAAAUGCUAAAUACGGAGUUGGCUUCAAUGCAAACAGCGUUCCGCAAAACCUCCAAGCUUGCUUCGCAAAGGAUUGCAGAACUUAACGCGUUUGAAGAGAAGGUUCAGCGGUUGACAGCGGAGAAAUCCAAGGCGGACCAAAAGUAUUUUGCUGCAAUGAAAAGCAAAGAGGCGCGGGAUGCUGAACUGCGCUCAUUACGGAUCCAAAAUAUGAAAAGUUCAGAUAUCGUUUCCCAGCUCAAGGACUCGGAAACGAUAACGCGUUCCCUGGUAUCCAACGUGGAGAAGCAGCUCUCUGAGACGAAGGAGACCCUCACAACCACCCUCUCCCAGUACCACACUGCGCGGCAACAGCUUUCAGAAGCGGAUAUCGUCAUCCAAGGGCUAAAUUCCCAGGUCUCAGAGUUGAAAAAGCAGAUGCUCACCAAAGAUUCGUCCCUCUCAUCAGCAACGAGUGCCUGUCGUAAAGCCGAAACUGAAAUUGAGGGUCUCAAAUCUACCUUAGCCGAUACGAAGAAGAGUCUGGAGUCGUGGCGGAAUAAAGGUUUGGGUAAUUCAUCCUCAGAAUAUGAGAUGCUUAGAUCCCUCGCGUUGUGUACAGUUUGUCGAAGAAAUUUCAAAAACACCGUUAUCAAAACUUGCGGACAUGUCUUCUGCAAAGAAUGUGUGGAAGAGCGCCUUACGUCUCGGUCACGAAAAUGCCCCAACUGCAACAAAUCUUUCGGAAGCAAUGACCAUAUGCAUAUCACCCUUUAA